AUGGCUCAAUGCUAUCCUGGUGGACAAAAAGUGCUUGACUAUGCUCAUCAUAUGCUAAGUCUAUCACAGCCUUAUUUAUCAAGCCAUGAUCAUCAACUCUUGGUGCGUGCUAAUGAUUUGGGUAACAAAUCACUUGAACUCAUUGAGCGCCAGUUCCCCAUGAUUCAUCAACCUACAGAUGAACUAGAUCAUUUGCAAGGUAUGGAUAGACUCAUGAAACGAGUGAAUGAUGUGCCAUUAAGCGUAUCUAAUACAACAGCCUAUCAAUUGUCUGCUACAGUAGAUCAAGAAAGACAAAUCAAGCACAUGAUACAAAAGCAAGUCCAUUCGGAGUCUUUUAAGGCCAUAUUUGGCUCUGCUGUACAAACCAUGUACAACUUGACACAGACUGAAUUUGACAAGUUUCAUCAAGAGCUCUUAAAGCCAAACAUGAGUCACAUGGAACGUAUCCGUAACAUCUUGGUUUUGUCUCAAACAGAUAUUUUAAUGCCAUUGUAUCAGAAAUCUGUUCCUUCACUUUAG